AUGAGCACAAUCGAUACACCCCCCAAGGACUAUCCCUCCGAAAUCACAGGGUAUGCCGACCCCUGGAUCGCCAGCCCUGGAGACGAGGUCGCCAUCAAGGUGUCCUGCACCGAGCCGGAAUACUCCUAUCGCACCGUGCGCGUGAUCCAAGGCGUCCAGGAAGAACACUCGCCCGUAAAAAGCCUCGAGGAGGUCUCCCAGAUCCCCUCGGGCGUGGCUCCCGGACGCUUCCAAUAUGCCCGAUCGGGUUCCUACGCGGUUGUCAAACGACUGAGUCUGCCGUCGACGCUGGAAGGGGUGGAAGUCUCGCUCUUCUUCCAAGCCCAUCUACCCCAGGCAGGGCAUCCGCAGGCCAUCAUCUCGAAUCUGAAUGCCGACACCAAGACCGGAUUGGCCGUCUUGAUCGACGACAAGGGCCUCGUCGAAGCGUGGAUCGGGACUGGGAGCGGCGUGGAAACGGUCCAGACGGGAUUCAGUCCCGCGCGACGAAGAUGGAUCAAGUUGAACGUUGUGAUCAAGGGGGCAGAAUGUUCCAUCACCCUUCAACCUGUGGCGUACAUCGUGGAGAAGGCUCCGUCGGCCUCAUCGGUGAAGACCACACUGGCUUCGCCCGUGGUCGCGUCUUCGACGCCCUUUUCCGACGAUCUCUUGUUUGCAGCGACCUACGCUGACAGUCCAGCCUCUGGUUUCCCAAGAGCAACACAUUUCUUCAACGGACGCAUUGACAGCCCGACGAUUUCAGUCCUCAAAGGAACUUCAACCGAAGUCAUCGCCAAGUACGACUUCUCCCGUAAUAUCUCGGAAGACACCGUCCUCGACGUGUCGGGCAACAACUUCCACGGGACUCUGGUUAACGCGCCGACGAGGGCCGUCACAGGCCCGGACUGGAACGGCGGCGAGUCGGACUGGACCAAGGCCAAGUACGGCUACGGUGCGAUCCAUUUCCACGAAGACGACCUGGACGACGCCAAGUGGGAGACGGAUUUCAUCAUCAAGAUCCCCCAGGACGCGCGGUCCGGCAUCUACUCGCUCGAGGUAAACUCGACCAACGGCAAAACCUCCGACAUGAUCACUUUCUUCGUGCGGCCUACCCCAGAAACCACGGCGGCGACAGGUGCAAAGGUGGCCCUGGUGCUGUCGACCUUUACCUACCUGGCGUACGCGAACGAGCAGCUGUCGGACCGAGCGCGGUCGAGCUCCAUCGACGUCGGGCCCAGCUUUGACCAUUCAACCAUCAAACGCAGCGAGGACUUUGAACGCCUCAGACGCCGUCGCGACCUGGGCCUGUCCAACUACGACGUGCACAACGACGACUCGGGCACCGUCUUCUCGUCCGCGAAAAGGCCAAUCCUCAACCUGAAACCGGGGUAUGUGAUGUGGGCAUUUCAACGGCCUCGCGAGCUCAGCGCCGACUCGAUGAUGAUUGGGUUUCUCGAACGGCAGAAGAUCCCCUAUGAUAUUGUCACGGACCACGACCUUCACCUCCACGGUGCCGCCGCCUUGGCCCCGUAUACUACCGUCAUGACGGGGUCCCAUCCAGAGUACCCGACCGUGCAGUCCUACAAUGCGUACGAAGACUUUGCCCGGAAAGGUGGCAACCUUAUGUAUCUUGGCGGCAAUGGCUUCUACUGGGUCUCAGCCGUAGAUACUGCUCGGCCCUGGCGCCUCGAGGUCCGCCGUGGAGACCAAGGUGUCCGCUCAUACACGCUUCCUGGUCCUGAGAGGAUCAUGAGUCUGACCGGGACGCAGGGUGGAUUAUGGAAGAGCCGCGGGCGAUCUUCGCACGGCCUGUUUGGCAUUUCCUUUUGCGCCGAAGGAGCCGGGCCCGGUGUGCCUUUUAAACGAACCGAGAAAGGUCUCGGCCCAGAAUUUGAGUGGAUGUUCAAGGACAUCUCGCGGGAGGAGCUGAUCGGCGAGUUUGGCCUCGGAGGCGGCGCCAGCGGCGACGAGAUUGACUCGUUCGACCUCGCGUGUGGAAGCCCCGCGAACGGAGUCAUCGUCGCCACGAGCACGGGCCACCCAGACGACUUUGGCAUUGUCCCGGAGAUCGUAAACUUCCCCAUCACGGCGACGCUGGGCACUCAGACCAACGAGAUCCGCUCCGACAUCGUCUACUACGAGACCGACGCCGGCGGCGCCGUCUUCUCCGUCGGCAGCAUCAACUGGUAUUGCUCGCUAGGUUGGGACGACUACCAGAACAAUGUGGCCAAGUUGACCGAGAAUGUCAUCAGGGAGUUCAUGUCGAGAGGGGAGAAGAACGCUGCGGCGAAGGAGAGCGUGGUCGUUACCUCGUGA